UCAGAAUGGGAUGGUGUGUUAUGUUACAUGCCUAGCAGCAACAAAUGAUUAUAUUCAAGAGACCAUUUAAGAAAUAAACUAUUAGAUGGAACCAAACACUAUAAACUGUUGUAAUACACUGUGCGAAGUGUUCACUAACCGGAAUAACAUUCAUUGUAGCAUUGUUGAAAUUACAGAGAGAUUGAAGGAAUCUCAGUAUUUACCUUCAGAAGUUGAAAUUGCUAGCAUCAUUGAUAAAAAUACUAAAGUAGUAAAUAGUAAUCCCAGCUUUGGGAACUAUAUGUCCCCAGUCAUCCCUGAAGAACGAACCUAUAUUGCAGAAACAAGGAUUACUACUUUUCACUUAAGCUGUUUAUGUCUGCAGUACUAGGAGCUGUACAUCCUGAAGAAUACUGGCCUCAUGAAACUCUAAAUUCAUGCAGUGAGAAUAUUGUGUUUGACCAUCCCUUUGGGAUAAAUGUGAUACUUCCUGAUAAUCGGAAAACAGAUUACCUUUAUACAUGUGCCAAGUGCUGUAAGACGUACAAGUUUCAGCGAUCUUUGAAUAGGCAUCUUACAUAUGAAUGUGGGAAACUACCUCAGUUUCAGUGUCCAUACUGCAAUGAAAAGAGACAUCUUAAAUGUAAUUUGGAUAAACACAUUAUGCGUAAACAUAAAAAAAUUCCAAUGUGUAUUUAGUUCCACCAUAUAGUAGAUGUUGUCAUGAGAUACAAAUAA